AUGUUAUGCGAGGGGACCACUACCCAUCAACUCCCUUCAACAACGGGUUCUAUGGCUUCGGCGAGGGAUGCUUCCGUUUCGACGACUUGCCAUACAUGGGAAUUCGUGCAAGACUCGUGGGGAAGAGGACCUGCUGCCCUCAACCAAACGGUCAACGUCAAUGUCCACACGUCGCAGCUCCGCGCGUUGGCCGCUGCAAUCCGAAAAAAGCGACCAAGACGUUCACCUUUCAAUGAGACAAUAAAUCGCUGCAUGCUGCUCGCUGCCAAAUUGAGGCUCGGGGUUGGGAAACGUUGCCCCAUCCUCUUCCCCAAAUUCCCACUACCACUUGUUUUGGGCACUUAG